UCCCCGGAUUCUGAAAAUAAUUGACCCUAUAUUUAAUUACGAAUUUAUCGCAGAAUAUUAAAAUAACAAUUGAAAAUUAAUUUCACGGAACGAUUGGAGCAGUCAAAAUGGGGCAGGAAUAAAUCUUACUUUGAUAUGUUGGUUCGGCAGACAAUGUUGGAUCUUCUAAAGAUAAAACGGUCUUAUUAUACGGAUUUUCUAAAAUUUUUAUGUUUUGAUAACCGACGUUAUUUUAUUUAAUCCCAUACUCUAAAGAAAUAGUCGAUCGAUAAGUAUAGUAAAGGCAGAGAAUUAACGUCAGGGUAAUCAUAAAUAGGUUUGAACAUAAAUCCAGAAACUCGUGAAAUUUCGACAUUUUGCAGAUGGCUAAAAAAAAAAAUACUUAACCUUCUUUCGGACGAUAGAUAAAAUUAUAUAUGAGCGACAAGAGAAUACCUACGUGAAUUUGAUUUUGCCAUGGUGCCUUAAUGAUUUCUUGCAUCUAUGCGGACGAAGGAGAUUAGGAAACUGAAAGUUUGAUAGCGUUGUCCUCUUUCACCUAAAAUUUAAACGUUGCCAUAAAACAAGGUGGUACGGCGUUGAGAUUCGGCCAAGUUUGUCAUAUGUCAAAGUCAGCUGACAGUGCUGACAUGGUGCCGACUUCCGAUACAACCUGUAGCUUGGCAGCCACCUUGAUCAACUUGUUACCGAAUAUAUUUAUUAUCUCCGCGUUAUUCCGAAUAAACAAAAGGUUCUCCCAUAUUCAGCGUCAAAACUAACAUUUCGACCAGUCACUCAUAUCUCCAAAUCGUAGCUGAAGAAUUUAAUGGCUUUUUCUUAGCAACAGUUAUAUCACGGGGGGAAAUUCGAGGGCGUAGCACCCGAAAUGUGGCUGUUUUUUUCUUUCAUAGCAGUCAUUACAUUUUCUUGAGAAAACGUCAUGUCUAUUUUUUAUCACUGAAAUCCAAAAAAUAUAAUCCUGAUUCUGUCAUCAGGAGCUCAAAGAACGAGUCGGAAGGAUGCCAGCUACAUGAUCCAGGAUACAUCGGAAGAGUCCUUCCUCACGCCUCGAGAGUACGUUGAAGACGAUGUAGCGUCGUUGAGCACACCCAUCGGAAGUAUCGUCCAAGAGCCCGAAAAUGAACCGAUUUCCGAAGAUUUUGUCAGCGUCGAUACCGAUUAUGAUUGCUUUGAAAAUCAAUCGGACAGGAAACCUGACGGAGGAAGAGCAUUUUCGUACCGGAAACGAAAAUCCUUGACCAGCAAUAUUUUCAGUGCUCCUGAUGGUGUCAGUCCUCAUCGCCUGACUUCCUCCGGCAUUAGGAAGAUCAGAGAUGGUGGAUCCAGGUUGGUGUUUAUAUGGCCGAAAAAAAUGGAUACGCGAGGGAAGUUUUUAAAUAUCCUGGCUCCGUUAUUGUACGGGACCCUCGUUGGAUGUCUUUGUAUGAAUGCUAUCCAUCUUUGGCCCGGGGAAUUCUUGCCUAUUAAUCUCCCAAAAACUGCCAAACUUCCGCAACCCCUGAUUAAGUGCAACGUUAUCGAGCCUCUUUGGUUUGAUAGCUCGUAAGAUAUAGAAUUUUA